UCCGGUUCCAAGCCUAGAAGCAAUUAUCAACGGCUACAAUUGAACUUCAAAAGGCCCGCUCUCCCAUGUCCCGACUCUCCUCUUUCCAGUUUCUCUCAGCAGUUCAUGGCAGUUCUCAUACUGGUACUUCACUUUCCCUUCUAGUUAACUCCUCCGAACCUUGUACUUUCUCUGCAUGUUUCUCACAAAAAGACUAGUAGUCAAGCUCCCCUGCGGAUUUCCUGCCCUUAUCUCUGCCUCCAUCCUCUACUCUUUUUCCGCAGUAACCCCAAAAGAUGCGGCUCAUCAUGCUUCAUCUUUAAUCAACCAACCAAACUGGAAAACAAACCAAACCUUCAAAUCCCUAGUUUCCCACAUGAACCCCAGCGUCGCUGCGCAGGUUGUCCUCCUCCAAAACGACAACGUCUCACUUGCUCUCCAAUUUUUCCGAUGGGUUUGUCAACACUCCACGUAUUGCUACCCGAUAACUGGUAGAAUCCACCUCUUAAACUUGCUUAUAUCCUCCCAUUCAUUUCAAAUUGCUCAUAAGGCUAUAAUUGAACUAAUCAAAAAUUGUAGUAAAUGUGAAAACGAUCUUUUGAAGCUAAUGGAAGCGCUUGACGAGAUGAGGAAGACCGGGUUUCGGUUAAAUUAUCCUUGUUAUAGCAUUCUUUUGGUGUCUUUAGCUAAGUUAAAUAUGGGUGUUUUAGCAUCUUCUGUGUAUAAAAGAAUGGUAGCUGAAGGGUUUGUUCUCGGUGCUAUUGAUUAUAGAACAAUAAUCAAUGCUUUAUCCAAAAUUGGCUUUGUGUGUCAAGCUGAAAUGUUCAUUUCCAAAGCUUUGAAGCUUGGGUUUGAAUUGGGUACUCAUGUUAGUACUUCUUUAGUGUUGGGCUAUUGUAGACAAAAUGAUCUCCAGGAAGCCUUUCGGGUGCUUGAUGUUAUGUCAAAGCCAGAUGGUUGUGGAGCGAAUUCAGUUACUUACUCGAUUUUAAUACAUGGUUUAUGUGAGGUUGGGAGGGUUGAAGAAGCAUUUUCUCUGAAAGAAGGGAUGAAAGAGAAGGGUUGCCAGCCAAGUACUCGGACUUACACUGUAUUAGUCAAGGCCUUGUGUGAUCAUGGAUUGAUUGGUAAGGCUUUCGAUUUGGUUGGUGAAAUGAGUGGGAAAGGAUGUAAGCCUAACGUUUAUACUUAUACUGUUUUGAUUGAUGGAUUAUGCAGGGAAGGGAAGAUUGAGGAGGCUAAUGGGAUGUUUAGGCAGAUGUUAAAAGAGGAUGUUUAUCCAGGAAUUGUAACGUACAAUGCAUUGAUUAAUGGAUAUUGUAAGGAAGGUAAGAUUGUUUCUGCCUUUGAGCUUCUUAGUUUGAUGGAGAAAAGAAAUUGCAAGCCUAAUAUCCGUACCUAUAAUGAGCUUAUUGAAGGGUUGUGUAAAAUUAACAAACCAUAUAAAGCAAUGCUCCUUUUGGGAAAGAUUGUUGAUAAUGGCUUAUUGCCUAACAGCAUAACUUAUAAUAUUCUGAUUGAUGGCUUCUGCAAAGAAGGCCAUUUUUAUAUGGCUUCCAAGAUAUUUGAAUUGAUGAACUCACUUGGUGUUAAUCCUGAUGGUUAUAGUUACACUGCUAUAAUUGAUGGGCUUUGCAAACAAGGGAGUCUGAAGCUUGCAAAUGGGCUCUGGGGUAAGAUGAUAAAGAAGGGAAUAAAUCCUGAUGAAGUAACAUUUACUGCACUUAUGGAUGGGUUUUGCAAGAUUGGUAAUACUGGAGAUGCAUCAAAGCUUUUCAAGAUGAUGAUUGUGAAUGGUUGUUUGAAGACUUGUCAUGCGUUCAAUGUAUUUCUUCAUGUUCUGAGCAAAGAAUGCAAGUUAAUAGAGGAAUAUGCAUUUUUUGGGAAAAUCCUAAAGCAUGGUUUAGUUCCUUCUGUUGUGACUUACACAAUCUUAGUAGGUGCACUUUUGCAAGCAGGCAAGGUUGAACAGUCUUUGAGCAUGUUGAAGCUGAUGAAACAGGUUGGCUGCCCUCCAAAUGUCUAUACAUACACUGUCGUGGUUAAUGGCCUGUGUCAAAUUGGAAGAGUUGACGAUGCAGAGAGAAUCCUGCAUCUCAUGUCUGAUUUAGGAGUACCUCCAAAUCACGUUACAUACACUAUAUUGGUCAAAGCACAUGUUAAUGCUGGUAGGUUAAAUCAUGCCCUUGAUAUUACGUCUUUCAUGGUUAAAAACGGAUAUGAACCCAACUGUCAUAUCUAUUCUGCUCUACUAGCAGGGUUUGUUUCAUCAAACAAGGCCACUAAAGCUGGAAGCUCCAGUUUUAUCAGUCCCCUAGAUUUUGGUUCACCACCUGCUGCUGAAAAUUGCGAUGAAUGUGUUUCCAGAAAUGUUCUAAAGGAAAUGGAUCUUGAUCAUGUGUUGAAGCUCCAGGCUGAAAUCGAGAAAUUUAGUGGGUCUGUUUUAGAUUUCUACAAUUUUCUAGUUGUGGGUUUAUGCAAAGUGGGAAGAAUUGCUGUUGCUGAACAUCUUACCAAAGAUAUACUGAAGGAUGGUUUAUAUCCUGACAAGGCAUGUUUUUCUGUCAUUGAUUGGCAUUCCAAGAACAGCAACUGCAAUGAGUGCCUGGAGGUCUUGGAUCUCAUUCUCAGUCACGGUUUCCUUCCAUCUUUUGCAUCUUAUUGUUCAGUGAUCCACUGUAUGCGUAACAAAGGAAAGAUCAAAGAAGCACAAAGACUCUUUUCUGACCUCAUGAAAGACAAUAGUAUUGGGGAGGCAAAAGCAGUAUUACCCCAUAUUGAGUUCCUAGUAAAUUGUGAUGAACCUGAAAAAUGCAUAGAGCUUCUAAAACUGAUUGAGCAAAUGGCUAACAGAGAGAGGCCAGUCAUCUAGUUUAUGCUCCAUGAUUUUUCUCAUUUGGCAUCAUUGCUUAUCUGAACUGUGAAGUCAGGAUCUCCCACACUAGCUAGAGGAGAAAUAAAUUUACCGUUUAGUCCCAAAUUUGUUGGGCAGCUUGUCAUUGACUCACCAUAAACCAGACUCACAACAGGAUUACCAGGUGAAUCUAGUCCAUACUCAACACAGUUUUCUCUUUUGUAGAUCUGAUAAAAUCCGGACAAUGUUCAAAGCAUACCCUAAGAAAAGCCCCGUGUAGAUGUUAGGACUGUAGUAGGAAAUAUUUUUGCUCCCAUAGUUGGGAUUGAAGGUAAAGCAAAUAGGGCGUCUAGUUAUUACCUCCUUAAUUUUUUACAUGAAUAUCUUUUGCCAAUCUAGCCUUAUGAGAUUAGAUAUAUUUGCAGGGAUUAUUGGAUUUCCUUUUUCUUUGUUUAAUCUUUGCUAAAUCCAUGAAUUGUUUCACGUUGAAAGCUA